ACAAUUAAAUAUCCUUUAUCCCCUUUCUUGUUUUUGAUGAUAGCCGAGGGGUUACAUGGCCUAGUCAAAAAAGCUGAGACAGAGGGACUGAUACAUGGAAUUGACGUGGGUAGCAACGGAUUAACUAUUUCAUUGCUCCAAUUUGCGGAUGAUACGGUGAUUUUGGGAAAAGCAAGUGGAGAGAAUAUUUUUAUGAGGUGGUUAAAUGGAGCAGCAUCUGUUUUGAGAUGUGGUGUUGGGAAGAUACCUUUUGUGUAUUUGGGUAUGCCAGUGGGUGGAAAUCCUGGGACUAAGAAGUUGUGGGAUCCGGUGUUGAAUAAAUUUCGAAUCAAGCUUGCCGUCUGGAAAUCUGCCUUGCUGUCCUUUGGCGGUCGCAUUACUCUGCUUAAUUCGAGGGAUUUUCUGUGGGGUGGGGUUGAAUUAAAGAGGAAGAUUCCUUGGGUUAGCUGGGAGACGGUAUGUCGUAGUAAGGAGAAGGGUGGGUUAGGAGUCCUGGAUUUUAGGAGGAGGAAUUGGGCACUUUUAGGGAAGUGGUGGUUUAGGUUGGGUGAUAGUGGUGAGAGUCUAUGGAAACGGGUCGUGUGGGAUAAAUAUUAUGAAGGUCGGAGGGAGGUGGACAUUAGGGCUAUGGAUAGUGUGAGGAUGUCUAGGAUUUGGAGGGAUGUUAUUAGUGUCGGGGGGAAGUCUAUUAAAUUACAUGACAUGUUAGGGAAGGGGUUUAGGUGGAUGGUUGGUGAUGGAAGGCAUGUAGGUUUUUGGCGCGAGAGUUGGGUGGGAGAUAAAUCUCUAAAGGAGUUAUGCCCUAGGCUAUUUGAGCUAGCUAUGAGUAAGGAUGGUAUGGUUUGUGAGAUGGGGGUGUGGGAAAUGGGUGUCUGGCGAUGGAAUGUGCACUGGAGAAGAGGGAGGUUGGGUCGAGAGAGGGGGGAGGAAGUGGUGCUGUGGGAGGUGCUUAGCAGAGUUCAAAUCGCGGAAGGUCGCGAAGAUUGCUGGAAGUGGACGCAUGAUGCAGAAGGGAGAUACGCAGUGAAAAAGGCCUAUGAGUUUCUGUCACCAAUGGAGGCCAUUCUUCCUGAGCAAAUCUCCUGGGUGCUUUGGGGUCAGGUGCUGUCUUGGUGGGGUCUGCAGGUUGUGAUGCCCAAUACAGUAGGAGGGGUGAUGGAGGUUUUCUUGUAUGAGUUGGGGGGUAUGGUAGGGAGAGAGAUAGGGGCAUGUCUUUUCCUUGUGGGGUCUUGGUAUAUUUGGUAUUGGAGGAACAUGAAAGUCUUCCAAAACAAAGGGGAGUGUAAGAACGAGCUGCUCCAUAUGAUUCAGUCCAAAACAUUUCUAUGGAUUAAAAAUAAGGUGGCUGGAAGUGUUUUCUCAAUUAUAGAUUGGAAACUUAAUCCACGGGAAUGUGCUGCAGCCAUAAGGAAACAUAGAAGCUUGCUGAGAGUGUUCCAUAAACACAAAAAUGGACAGCCGGAUGAGUAGAGUGACUGCAAUGUGUUGGAUUACAUGUUUAUUGGGAUUUCUUUGUUUUAAUUAGAUUAAUUUUAUUGUUUGUAUUUGGGUUGGAGUACCCCUUGUACUCUAUAUAAUCAAAUCUCUAUUAUUUU